GGAAGCACACUCCGUGACAGUUGGUUGGCGUGGUGAUUCAUUUCCACAAGAUGGAAGCGUCGCCGCCACCACGCACCAUCCUCGGUAGGUACCAGCUCACGCGAUUCCUUGGCCGCGGCAACUUCGCCAAGGUCUACCAGGCGCGCUCACUCGUCGACGGCGCCACGGUGGCCGUCAAGGUCAUCGACAAGUCCAAGACGGUCGACGCCGCCAUGGAACCCCGCAUUGUGCGCGAGAUCGACGCUAUGCGCCGUCUCCAGAACCACCCAAACAUCCUCAAAAUCCACGAGGUUCUCGCCACGAAGACCAAAAUUUACCUCGUCGUCGACUACGCCGGCGGCGGCGAGCUCUUCUCCAAGAUCUCCCGGUGUGGCCGCCUCCCGGAGUCUCGGGCGCGGCGCUAUUUCUCCCAACUCGUCUCUGCGCUCCUCUUCUGCCACCGCCACGGCAUCGCGCACCGCGACCUCAAGCCGCAGAACCUCCUCCUCGACGCCGCCGGCGACCUUAAGGUCUCUGACUUCGGCCUCUCCGCACUCCCGGAACACCUCCGUGAUAACCUCCUCCACACCGCAUGUGGCACGCCGGCCUUCACUGCGCCGGAGGUCCUACGCCGCGUCGGCUACGACGGUUCCAAGGCCGACGCUUGGUCCUGCGGUGUCAUUCUCUACAACCUUCUCGCCGGCCAGCUCCCCUUUGACGAUUCGAACAUUCCUGCCAUGUGCCGCCGAAUAUCCCGCCGCGACUAUCAAUUCCCGGCGUGGAUCUCAAAAUCCGCGCGCAGCCUCAUCCACCAAUUGCUGGACCCCAAUCCUAAAUCGCGAAUUUCGCUUGACAGAGUUUUCGAUAACAGAUGGUUAAGGGAUAAGAAGCAUGUUUGCUAUAAUGUGUUGGAGGAGAGUGUUGUGGAGUCUGAUUUAUAUAACAAGUGCUGCGACGGUUACAAAUUGGGGAUGAACGCUUUUGACAUAAUAUCAAUGUCGUCGGGGUUGGACUUGCGAGGGCUGUUCGAAACGACGUCGGAGAAGGGGAGGCGGAGGGAGAAGAGGUUCAGUUCGGAGAAGAGCGUGGGAACGGUGGAGGCGAAGGUGAAGGAGGUUGGGGAGAGGUUAGGGUUUAGGAUUGAGGUUGGAAAGAACGGUGUAAUUGGGCUAGGAAAGGGGAAAGUGGGUUUGGCAGUUGAGGUGUUUGAGAUUGUGUCUGACUUGCUCCUUGUUGCUAUUAAAGUUGUAGAUGGUGCUAUGGAGUUUGACCAACUUCAUUGGGAUGAUUGGAAACUUGGCCUUCAAGAUGUUGUUCUCUCAUGGCAUCACAAUGAGUAAUUCUCCCAACAGCAGAGUACUCUGUUUUAUUACUGUUUUGCACUAUAGAAUGAUGAAGUCUUGUGUACAUAAGCAGAAUCAGUAGCACAGUUUCAUCUCAGCCUUUUCUCAGUAUGUGCAUAUCAUUAACUUUUAUUAAGUUAUUUUAUAAAUAAAUCACUCUGAAUAAAAUCAUAGUUUUGUUAA